AUGUGUGACUCCAAAGACUGCAACUGCAGUGGAACCACGUCCGCGAACGGAGGACCAACCGACAGAGGGUUCACCUACACUGGAUCUGGAGUCAAUAGCCAGGGCAAUCACUACUGCUCCCGUGACUACGGUCCAAGCUCUGGCUCCAAUGGAGAAGAGAGAAAACUCGGAUACCACUACUCUAAUAGUGAUGGAUCAUACUACUACUCCAACCCCAAUGGCAGCAAGUACUACAACGACGGGAAAGGCUACGACCGGUAUACCGCCCCAGAUGGGCAGACGUUCGAGCGUCACGAGUCCCAAGACCAAGGCUCCGGUGAGACAGACGAGAGUAGGGUGUCUGUUGAAGCCGGAAAUACUGAGAAUGCUGAUGAGGCCACCGACGGUGAUGACGAGGAGGAUUUGAGCGAUGAAACGGAUUCGUGUGCUUCGUAUGAUUAUGAUGGUGAACCGUAUGGCGGUCUUGAAGAGGCGGUUUACAGUGAUGAAGAGGGCUUGGAGGGUGACUAUGAUCAUGGCCAGCAUGAUGGAGAUUGCAGAGAUUAUCACGAUGAAUCUGUGGAAGAGAGCGUCUUUUAUUAUUGA